AAAGAAAGAAAGAAAUGAGCCUUCACCGACGAAAAGCUCCCAUCUCAGAUCCAAACCUCCGUCAAAAGGAAACAAAACAACAAGAAGAAUCAUCGAAAACCCACUUAAAAUCAAAUCUUCCAUCGGAGAAUCGAAUAUUCGUCUUCUGCUUAGCGUUCAGAUGCAUAAACUCCCUCUUGAUCCAAACCUACUUCAACCCCGACGAGCACUGGCAAGCCCUCGAGGUUGCCCACCGCAUCGCGUUCGGGUACGGCCAUUUGACGUGGGAAUGGCAAAAGGGGAUCCGCAGUUAUUUGCACCCGUUAAUUUUUGCUUUGCUCUACAAAAUCUUGGCUUUCUUUCGACUCGAUGCCCCUUGGUUUAUGGCGAGGGCUCCACGGCUUCUGCAGUCAGUUUUCGCAUCAGUUGGAGAUUUGUACUUGUAUAAGCUUGCCCGUCUAAUGUUUGAUGAAAAUGUUGCUCAAUGGGCACUGUUUUGUCAACUGGCAAAUUGGUUUGUGUUUUACUGCACAACAAGAACUCUAUCAAAUAGCUUGGAGACAGUGCUGACUAUUGUGGGAUUGUACUACUGGUUUUCUUAUAGAGCUUCUCCUUCUAAGAAAGUUUGGUUUUCUUCAAGGGUUUUGGGUUUGUUUGUGGCAGCAUUGGCUUGUGGUGUUCGUCCAACGAGUGCUGUCACUUGGGUGUAUAUUGGGGUUAUGGAGUUAUUGGAGAUGCAAGGUAGAUUGGGGUUCCUAUUUCUUGAGGUAGUCCCUAUCGGGUUUCUUGUGCUUGCACUCAUCUUUUUGGUGGAUUGGUGGAUGUACAGUUCUUGGGUCUUUGUGCCUCUUAAUUUUCUUAAAUUUAACUUCCUUUCUUCUGGAGGGGAUUAUUAUGGAACCCAUAAAUGGCAUUGGUAUUUCACUCAGGGUUUUUCAGUCAUGCUUUUAACCUUUAUACCUAUUUCUGUAAUGGGUAUAUAUAAGUCAAAAGAAUGGAGGCUUUCUGGUCUAAUUCUCUGGGUUCUAGGACUCUAUAGCAUUCAAGGUCACAAAGAAUUCAGGUUUGUCUUGCCUGUGCUUCCCAUAGCAUUAAUGUUCUCUGGGUAUUCAUUAGCUGCCAUGUCGAAGCCCGAUUUUUCAGAUACAGAAAGUAAAAAGGGUCACUCUCCAACUAGAUGCCCUUCAAGACGUCAGUUGACUGUUUUCUUCCUUCUUGUCACUAAUCUCCCAAUGGCAUUAUACAUGAGCUUGGUUCAUCAGAGGGGAAGUGAAGAUGUGAUGUACUAUCUGUCCAAAGAGGCCAAAGAUGGGAAGGUGGACAGCAUUCUGUUCCUAAUGCCUUGUCAUGCAACACCCUAUUACUCUACUCUACACCAGAAUCUGCCAAUGCGCUUUUUGGACUGCACCCCAAGUGAAAACAAGGGCAUAUUGGAUGAGUCAAAUCGUUUCUUGACAGACCCAUUUUACUUUGUAACUGACAUGCUAAAUAAUUCAGCACUACCCAGUCACAUUGUACUAUUCGACUCUGAAGAAAGACAUCUACGUGACCUUCUCAUGUCACAUUCCUUCAACGAGAUAAAGAGGUUCUUCCAUGCUCAUUUCAAGGUGGACCGAGAUAUCCAAGGCUCAAUUGCUGUUUAUGUGAGAGCAGAUCAAUAAUCCAAUGCACUGUAGCUUUUGCUUCUCUGCACUCAUCUAACCUCUUCUCUGUCUUGAGUUUUAAUACUCUGAUAUUUACAUUAGUGAAGUUACUGAACAUUUCAAAUCUGGGGUUAGAUGACAGGAUGCUUCUUUUGAAUGAAAGAAUUGAAUCAUGUUAUGGGAGAUAGGUUUGAAAUUUCACUAUGUUUUGUACUGUGACCAUAAUGUAGUUUGUAGUUUUUACUUUUAUUCGGAUAUGGAAGAAUUUUUAUGCUUGCCUCUCACAAAGGCAGAAUUCCUUUCUUAUAGGAAAGAGCUAAUCUUACUUAUAGCCCAAAUAAAUUUAUUUUCAUCCUC